UUCCUCCGCGGUGUAAAUGAUUUCUAGCUGUCAACACAUAACAUUCACAACAUCGCACAACACACAGAACACACUCAAAACAACACCCGGCCAACUUUCAUGCAAGGCACGUGACAUGUUUCUCUUGACAAUCAUAUUUUUGACUUUGGUUUUCAUUUUUGUAAAAUCUCUAGACAUUUCCCAGGAUGUCCUGCAGUUACCAGCGAUUCCGGAAGUAACAUCAACUCAAAUUAGUAUCAGUCAAUCAGUUAAUAAUGCUCCUCAAUGUCAAGUCGCUGUUUCAUCAGAAGCAGGAGAUAAGGGGGUCUUACUAUUGAAUGAAACAAAUGUCUCAAACCAUCACUUGAAUGUAGAGAAGACAGUCUCCGAUCUAGAAUGUAGCAGAUCAAAUAACACAGGAAAUGUUGCCGUUGAACUUCAUGAGAGAAACUCAAUCAAUGAUCCACUAACCAAGUCAGACCAGGAAGAUCAAGUUUGUACAGAAUACAAUAAAUCAGUUGAUGAUGAAGAUGAUUUAAUCAACGAAAUCUACUCUGUUGGUGUCUCUGUUAAGGAAUCAAUAUGUAAGGGUCUUUUAUCUCAUCAGAAAUCUUCAGAAAGAUCAACUGUUGAAACCAGCAUUUCAAACAACAAAUGUGUCAUUGACAAUGUAUCAGACAGUGACAAUGAAACCAGAAUCACAAACAACAAAUGCAUCAAUGACAAUGUAUCAGACAGUGACAAUGAAACCAGAAUUACAAACAAAAAAUGUAUCAAUGGCAAUGAAUCAAACAGUGACAAUGAAACCAGUAUUACAAACAACAAAUGCAUCAAUGAUGUCCCAAUUGACAGUGAAAAUUCAACCGAAGGGUCAGCUUUGGAAUCAUUGAGACGGAUGCAGGUGAUAUGCAGUGAGAUGAGAGAUGCUCUCAUGAGCGCAAGGAUGGGAUCUGAUAGAUGCACAGAUUCUUGCGAUCGUUUCGGAAAUCAAAAUUGUGACCUUGACCUUGAAAGUUCGGCCUCUAAAUCAUCAGUAGACACAACCAAACACAGCCACACAAGUAUCACACAUAAAUCUACCUCCGACAUAAAUCCAAUAGAUGAAACAAAUCAACCUCAGGUACAACUUAAUGAUAAUCUCCAACAAGAACAACAGAAAAUUUCCGAGGAUGCAAUGAAAGAUGAAAGUCAACAAUUGGGGGUUACUGAUUAUUCGACAAAAGAUGGAGGAAGCAAUCAAUUGGGAGUCGAAGAUCAUCUGGAAGAUACAGGAAGACAUCCACUGGAAGUAGAUGAUCAGCUAGUACAACUUAAUGAUAAUCUCCAACAAGAGCCACAGGGAAAAUCCCAGAAUGCAAUGGAAGAUGUAAGUCAACAAUCGGGAGAAACUGAUUAUUCGACGAAAGAUGGAGAAAGCAAUCAAUUGGGAGUUGAUUAUCAUCUGAAAGAUAGAGGGAGACAUCCAUUGGAAGUAAAUGAUUAUCUGAAGCAAGAUGAUAGAAAAGUUUUAGAAACUGAGCAAACAAUUAACAUUUUUGAACCCACAGACGAUUUUGAAAUGGAGCCAUCAAACAAUAAAGCUAGUUAUGAUAAUGUAUUCGUUGAUGGAGCUGAAAUUCUUGAGACAUUGGGAGAUACAAGUAAUUCUGUGGAUAAAUUGGAUUUGAAAUUUGGAAGUGUUGGCGAGUCAGAACUUACAAAAAAUAAUGAUGAAGACAGGUCUGAAAUUGGGAAAAAAGAUAAAUCAGGUAUAGAAAUUGAAAGCGGUGGAAAAUCGGAACUUCCAAAUGAUGACAAAGAUGUAAUCAAGGGUGGGGAUAAAUCAAUUAUGGAACUAGAAAGUGAUAGAAAAUCAGAAAUCACAAAUAAUGACAAAGAUAUAAAUAAGCUUGAGGAUAGAUUAUAUAUAAAACUUAAAAAUUAUGGAGAAUCAGAACUCACAAAUAAUGACAAAGAUACAAUCAAGGAUAGGGAUAAAUCAAUUAUGGAACUUGGAAGUGGUGGAGGAUCAGAACUCAAAAAUAAUGACAAAGAUACAAUCAGGGAUAGGAAUAAAUCAAUUAUGGAACUUGAAAGUGGUGGAGAAUCAGAACUCAAAAAUAAUGACAAAAAUACAAUUAGGCAUAAUGAUAAAUUAGACAUAGAACUUGAAAGUGGUGGAGAAUCAGUACUCAAAAAUGAUAACAAAGAUGAAAUUAAGCAUAGGGAUGAAACAAGUAUAGAAUCUGAAAGUUAUGAGAAAUCAGAACUCACAAAUACCAAAGAACGUGAUAUAAACGAUGAACCUGUUCUAGAAUCAAUGAUGAUGUCUGAUAAUGAUAAUGGGUUGAAUGAAAAAGAUGGAAAUGAGAUCUUCGGAAGAUGUAAUAAAAAUAAUUUGAUUGAUGGAAAUGAUCAUGUGCACUACAUGCACAGAGGUUCUAUAAACUCUUCUGGAUCCAUGGUUCGAGUUAAGAAAACCCCAAGCACAAUAUCUAUGUACGAAAUGGACGAGUUUUUAUUCUGGGAGAGGCUGAGAGAUGUGAUAGCACGCUGCCACAAGAAUGGUGAAUCGUAUUCCCAGAAUAUUAUAGAUUAUUACAGCUCGGAUUCGAAUAUCACAGAAAUUCAAGAGAAUUCGGGCGUUCAAUUUGAUGGGAUUAACAAGGAAAUCCAACUCAGCCAGUUCAAUCCAAGUAUUCAAGUUGAUCAAGGCAAAAACAGAAGGAUUGGCCUCAGCUCGCGGACAUCUCGGUAUUUGCAGAAUGAAAACACGUUUCCACGUCACAUAUUUGGACAGGAAUCGAUGAAUCGCUCUUUGGGACCUCUUGUGAUAUUCUUUGGUGAAGUGGAAAAGCCUGAAGCUUCAAGGGGAAUAGUAGAAGAGAAUAGAAAGGUGCCCAAUACAGAAUUAAUACCUUUCACUCAUGAUGGGUCUAUCCAUCCAAUGGAUGAAAUACGAUCCAAAACAAUGUCGUUUGAUACUCUACAAUCGGAUCAGCGCAAUUCCUCUAUCAGUGGCAACAGCAUUGGCUCUGAAGUAUGUGGGCGACUGAUAUGCUAUGACUCAUCUUCACAUUGCAUUGGUUCAACAAACUCUCAACAAGACAAAGGGGACAGAAACAAGAGAAGAUUUGACAAAUACUAUUCAGUGUACAAGAAAUUCGAAAACAGUGAACAUUGAGAUUUUUAAUAAAAUUUGAUUUGGAAAACA